AUGGGUGGAAGUCGAAAGAAUGCUGUGAAGCCGAAAAAACACGACGUGAAGGGCAAGAGCCGCGAGAUCGUCAAGUCUGAAGAUGAUAAGAGUGACGUCAAGCUCAAAAUUAUGAUCAAGGGCACGAAGCGCAAAACUGACCUCGAUGAUAUCUCCGGUGAUGAACGUGACAGCAAUAUCCAAGAGGUCGAUGUAAAGGCUUCAGUAAAUAAGUCCGCUAAGCGUGCUAAGACCAACCUUGCGGUUGGCAAACACGUCGAGAUUAGGAAGAAAGGAGUUGAAUUUGAUGAAGGAGAAGUCAAAUCUGAUGAGGGAAGUGAUGACGAAGUUUGCAUUCCAGGAGUGAAAGGGUAUGGCAGCGAUGAUGAAAACAGCCAUGAGCACGAAGAAGUCAAAGACGAAGCGAUGGAGCUUCCAGUUGUUCGAGGUCGCCAGACACCUACCACGCCAGAGCCACCUGAGGCCGAUGAUAUCGUGCAGCACGGACCGGACGUCACAUUGAAAGAAGAACUAAUGGACCCGUUGCUCAAAGCCACAUACGUGAAUCUCCCGCAUCUCCCUCGGUGA